GAACGCCAAAGCGGCCACGAGUUUCUUCAUCUGUUGGUAGACGAGAGAUUUCUGAGCACGCUGAUCAGCACCUCAUGAAGUACUUCUUCCGGAACGCCAGAUUCUUUCUGGUGAAAAGCAACAACCACGAGAAUGUUGUGCUCUCAAAGGCCAAGGGGGUGUGGUCAACACCACCUCAAAAUGAAGCUAAGCUGAACCAGGCCUUCAGGGAGUGCAAAAAUGUCAUUCUGAUCUACUCGGUUAAGGAAAGUGGCAAGUUCCAAGGUUUUGCACGUUUAGCGUCGGAGUCGAACCACGACUGCCCUACAAUCCAGUGGGUGCUGCCGCCCGGUCUGAGUGCCAGGGCUCUGGGCGGCGUCUUCCAAGUGGACUGGAUCUGCAGACGUGAGCUCCCUUUCACCAAGACUGCCCAUCUAUACAACCCUUGGAAUGAUGGAAAGCAAGUCAAGAUAGGUCGAGAUGGACAGGAAAUCGAACCUCGCGUGGCUGAAGAGCUCUGCCAGCUGUUUCCCGUCGACGAAAACAUCAACCUUCGCAGUAUCCUGCGCCGCCGGGGCCGCUCGUCGCGCAGGAGCCCCACUCACCGCCGCCGCACCCCAUCACGUCGUUCUGCGUCCCCCUGCGGCCGUGGCCACCGUCAUCGCCAUGCUCGCACCAGCGGAAGGGAUGAAGCUCGUUUGCAUCUGGCGAGGGUGCAUAGUCGCCGGUCCAGAAAUAGCCAUGGUUCACAUUCUCCACGACCGAGGCACCGUAGGGAGAGUUCAGAUGAUGGUUACCGCCUGGCUCGCCGUGGGAGGUAUGGUCCUGAUCAUGAGGUGCCCAUGGACAGAUAUCCAGUCAGGAGAGAUCAACCUUCUAUGAAUGGGGCUUACCAAGACUACCUCAGGGAGUACCACCAUCAUCAAAGACCACCCUUGCCGCCAAUGCCAUAUGGGCCACCGCCACCUUUCCCCAUGGAUGCCAUGCCGUACCACUAUGACCGAAGCUUGCAUCACAUUGACUACAACCAUGGUGUGGCAUCACGAGCUUCAAGGCAACCAGAGAAGCGAUCGUAUGAAAUGACGGUCGACGACUUCAUCAGGAGAACAGCGCGACCCCCACCAAGCCGUGUCGAGCGCCGAUAUCGCGAGCGACGGUGAAUGGGCAUCACCCCAGUUGAUCUCACUGAAGAAGACCAUUGUACAUUCAUCCUAUCAUAGUUUCCAACUCAUCUUUAUUUUACAGCCUCAAUGGCCUGUCAAGGGCCCAGAGGUUAUUGUUGUUGCUACAUGCAGCCUGCGAAUUCUUGCAGUGCUGUGUCUGGCGUGAUCCCAUCCCCCCUUAAUACUUUGUACAUAAUGUCCGUUGUGCAUCUGCUGCUGCAUGUGAAAAGAGCAACAUGCAGACUACAUGGUGUGUCUGAGUGUAAUAUCUUUUUUAUGUGUUGAAGAGAACUAACAUUGAAAACAUUGACUUCCUGUUAUUUUUGUAUGUUCCUCAAAAACCCUGUUCAGAACUUGUGCACACCUAUGAACCCCCAGAAGGAAUGUGUCUGUUGUGGAACAAUAAAAGGGCUGAUGUGUAA